GUGUUCAAAAACCAGACUAGAGUAGUUUACCUAUGAUUUAUGAAGCUCUGUAUUAAUAUUAUAUAAUGUUUUAAGUAUAUUAUUUUUAGAUUCAAUAACUGUAGUAGUUACUAAAAUAGAGCAAUGAAAAUGCAGUCUACGGUAAAAAAAUAUGUUUGUCCCUAUGAGGGCUGCAAUUCAGCUUUUAACAGACCUUAUAGAUUAGAUCAGCAUCGAUUGGUUCACUUAAACAUAAAACCAUUUUCUUGCCCAGAGGAGAAUUGUACAAAAGAAUAUACAAAUAAGAGUCAUUUAGAUAGACACAUCAACAGUGUCCACAAAAAGACUGAACUUAACAUUCUAUUCUGCUGCCCGUAUUGCAUGAAAAAGUAUUCAAACCGACAAAACUUAAAAAGGCACAUAGAAAAAAGUCAUAAAGAUGAUAGAAAAUCUUAUCAGUGUGAUUAUUGUUCAAAGUUAUUUAGGAAUAAAACAGAUAUCAGUAUACACAUGUAUAAACAUACAGGAGUUAAAGCAUUCAGAUGUACAGUUUGUCACAAAGAAUUUAUAAAGAACUCUCAUAAAAAUCAACACAUGAAGAAACAUAAAGAAUAUCCAUGCCAAGAAUGUGAUAGCAAGUUUUAUAAAUUGAGUCAUCUACUAUCACAUCAGAGAAGCCAUCAUUUAUGGUCAGAAUACAUAUGUAAUGACUGCGGGAAGAAAUUCAAGAAUAGGUCUGGUAUUAUCCGCCAUGUGAAAGUGCAUGUGGUCUCACCAGUAUUUACUUUGUUUUUCUGUCAUUACAGUAACUGCAAGAAGUACUACACCAGGAACAGUAAUCUAAAACAACACAUCCUAAUAAAACAUAAGGACCAAAGAUUUGACUGUCCUCUGUGCCCAAUGAGAUUGGCUUCUAAGGCCAGAUUAGAAGACCACCUGAAAAGACAUGAGCAGCCAGCCAAAGAUCAAAGAAGAAAUCCGAAGACAAUAGAAACUGGCCGACUAAUAAGAAAAGAUAGGAACAGCUUAAAAUAUUCUACAGCUAUGAAAUUGGCGGGAAUAAAGGAUGUGGAGAAAGACACAAUCGCGCAAAAUAAUGUCAUCAAUGGCAAUGAAAAAAUAUGGAUGUGUUCAGAAAUAUAACUAUACUAGUCAGUCAGUAAUUGAGACUCGACGUCUAAGACGGACCGGACAGCUAGAAACGACGUCGCCGGUCGCCAUACUAUUGAUUUGUUUCGAAAUAUACGCCAGUGAUUAUGAUUU